AUGUCUUCAAUGGAGCUGAGCCCGUUCCAGAAAGAAAAACUCCAGUAUUACUUCAACUUCUUUGUAUUUUCAGAUUCUGAUGGUAAUGGCUCGCUGGAACUGAGCGAUCUGAACGGGUUCAUGCAGGAAAUGUACUCGUUCACUGGUUGGGAUCCGGACUCGCAGAAGGCCCGCGAAUGUUACGAGGUGCACGAGUGUUUCUUCGCCACGCUCAUGGAGAAGGCCGACAAGGGAGCCAAUCAUAUCAACCUGAAUAAGUGGUACCGGCUGUGGGAGCAGCUGAUCCCCGGAUGUACUACCAUGUCCAACUUUCCCAUCUGGCUCAUUCUCCUUCCCAAGUCACUCUUCCGUAUCAUUGACAAGAAUGAGGAUGGCAAGAUCGAUCACAAAGAGCUGGCUAACUUCUACGUCCAGUUUGUCGGCAUCGCGCAAGGGAACGUCGAUGACCUCGUCGAUUACGCCAUGGAGCAGAUGACAGACUACGGGCGAUACCCACUGACUCUGGCCAGCUACAAUCAGAUCUUUGCCAACUUCCUGAUCGGACGUACUCCCUACGGUCCGGGGAGGUUUAUUUUCGGCUGUUUCGAGCACAUGGUCCAGCGUACUGGGUACACACUUAUACAGGGGCCGCCCGAGAACAUUCAAGAUCCCCUGGCGGAAUUCAAAAAGCUGCAGAUUGCCCAGCACUCUCCAAGCACUCCCAACUCCAUUGUGAAGGUGAAGUUUUUCCGGGCCGCGUGAAACGUGCUGUACUUAACCACUCGCGGAUAUAACGUGCACGCUACCGCGUUUAUGGUGCUACGACCACUUCGUGCUUGACAUUC